AUGCCUCUCUUACGUUUACAGCCACACUUGUUCGCGUCCCUCCCCGCGCAUUCCUCUCUCACAGCCAACGAGGCGCGCCCGCAACUCCAAUCAUUUGCGGGGGAUGCCCUCCAUGAAGCUCUGGAGUUUCUCCACACGAUCCCGUCAACAUUCACAACAGACCCCAAAUUACGCGCGUCGCCACCAUCUGAAGCCAAAGUCAAGCUCCUACGGAAGUGGCGCGAUCCUUCAACAAACAAUACAGUUGAUAAAGCUCCCGGGGCUGAGUUCUGGGUGUGCCGACAAAGUGAACAUGUGAAUGCCAAUACCCAAGGAACAGCAUCAUGGGAAGAGUUUGAGAAUGGACUAAGGUCGAACCACGCAGAGAAUGAAAUGGACUACACGCCUAGUGUGACAAGUGUAGAGCAACUUAUGCAAUGGUCGCGAUCGGACAUUGGAAAUAUUGAGACUCAGGGAGUAGCCUUCAAGGAUGUCGAUAUGGAGAUCAAUUUGAUCACCCACACCUUCCACCCUGGUGCGCUUAUUGCGCCUCGCAGCUUCAUCUCCCUAACCAUAUCUGCUGCAUAUGACAACACGCAAGCCCCAACUCAUGAGAAUGCCCAAAGCCGCCCCCUAAAGGGAUUCAUUACAGCGCAAAUACCGCUUCGAUCAACUGCAUCGUCUACCCCACCAGGUCUCCAUCAAAAGAUCGUCGCUUCUGUACCCAAACGUGCCAUCUUUGCUAGUUACGCGAGUGUUGAACACGUUACGCUUCUUCCGCCUACUGGCGAGAAUAAUCUCAGCCUCAUCGAGUGGACUAUGGCAACAACUUCGGAUGCAGGUGGCUCUAUUCCGCAGUGGGUUCAACGAAACUGGACCAUGGGAGGUGUGCCACGAGCUGUUGUAGCAGAUGUGGGGUUAUUCCUGGGGUGGACUAUGCGUCGACGAUCAUCUUAA